UCCCUGGAAUAAGCUACUGACUUAAGGAACGAGCUUACCUGAACCCAUCAUGGGGGGGACUAAGCUCUGCCUUUUGCUACUUCUAUGUGCAAUAGCCUUGUCAUAUGCACAAGAGGAAGAACCAUGCCUUUUGGCCAAAAGGUACAAGAGCUUUCAGAAGUAUGAAUACACCUACGAAACGGAGUCUCUAAAUGCCCUGAAUGGAGCAAUCAAUGGUCCCAAGGCCAGAUGCAAGGUUGAAAUUGAGGUCCCGCGCAUAUGCAGCUACAUCGUUCACACAACUGAGUGCGAGUUGAGUGACGUCAUCGAUGUUGAUGCUGAAGGAAAGCCUGUCUUUAGGUCAUCUGCUGGUGCAGACGCUUUCAAGGCUGCCAUGGCAAAGAACCCCCUGAAGUUCACCGUUGAGGGAGAUAAUGACAUCAAGUUGUUUCCUGAGGAUGAUGAACCAGCCAACAUUUUGAACAUCAAAAGAGGUCUAAUCUCAGCCCUUGCAGCACCUGUGCUGGAGGAAGACAGAAACAGGAGAAUGCCCACCGUCUACGGCAUGUGCAGGACAGACUACUCAGUGAAUGCCAGAGAGGACAUUGCCACCGAUGUUGUCCUCAACAGAGACUUGUCUAACUGUGACAAUUUCAGCCCAGUCAAAGACCACACUAGUCCCCUGGCACUUAUCACAGGAAUGCAAUACCCACUUGCUCAGCUCAUCAAAAGCAGCCAAACCUGCAACUACAAGUUUGACAAUGAUCAAAAGCAUAUGACCUCAGCUUCUUGCUCUGAAAAACACAUGCUUUUGCCAUUUUCUUACAAAGGAGAGCAUGGCGUUUCUAAUGUAGGAAAGCAAGUUUUGACUCUGGUGGGAGUGUCUGUAUACAAUGGAAGAGUCUUUGACCACAAUGAAGCCAACAUGAAGACCCUGCAUCUCGAUGGCAGCAUUGACUCCGUCCAUCCAAUUCAAGAUAAAAAUGCAAUCCUGUCAAUUCUAAGGGAACUGAAUGGCCUUUCUGAGACCGAAAAUGGAGAAAAUAGAGCCCAUCUUGCUCACAAACUCAUUUCUACCAUCCGCAAAAUGAGUGCAGAAAGCCUGAGUGCUGCUCUACCAGAGGCACUGGAGAUUUCUCGCCCCCUCGUGUACCAGGCUUUGUUCCAGUGCGGCACUCCUGAAUGCACCAGUGCCAUCCUGCGGGUUCUUAGAACCUUUGACCGUUCCUCAGUAGAGAUUGAUGCUGCAGUGUAUGCCAUGGGAAUGGUUCCAAAUCCAUCCAGAGACCUUGUUGAAGAGAUGCUGGAGAUGGCCAAGUUCAAAUCUAGCAAGCCCAUCUACUAUGCUCUCAGCAAUGCUGUGAGGAGGCUAUAUGAAGUUGAAAAAAGUGUCACCCCUGAGAUCAAGGCAGUUGCAGAUUACGCCCUUGAACAGAUUGGCGACUGCACAGGGAACCAAGAACAUGUGUACCUGUCCCUGAGGGUCAUUGGAAACAUGGCUGCUGCUGUCGGAGCUGCAAGCCCUGCUCUGAAAUCAGCUGUUAUCCAGUGCAUAAACCAACCCGCUUCAUCCCCUGAGGUCCAGCAAGCUGCUAUUCAAGUAUUUAGGCUAACUUCUGUCCCUGACGAGGGCAGAGAGGUGCUAAUGAAGGUCAUUUUCGACAAAGCUGCUCCAAUACAGAAGCGUGUUGCUGCGUAUCUCAUUGUGAUGAAGGACCCUCAGCACUCUGAACUGGCUCAGCUGGUUGCAGCUCUGCCCAAUAAUAAGAACUGUCAGGCUAUGAGCUUUGUUAACUCACAUCUCCGCAACAUCCUGAGCUCCACAACAUCAGAGACCGAGGAACUUAGAGUAAAGAUUCUCAAUGCCCUGCAAGGAAAUGAGAUCAGUACUUCCACCGAUCCAACAAAAUUCUCUCGCAAUUACAAGAUUGGCUCUCUAGAGGGAAAUGUGAUCUUUGAGUCUGAAGAACUUCUGCCCAAUGAAGUCAUCCUUGAGAUGACCCUAAAUGCCUUUGGAUAUGAUGUUGACAUGUUUGAGAUUGGGUUGAAUGGAAAGGGUCUGGAACCCACUGUUGAUGCCCUGAUUGGUAUUGAUGGAUUCUUCCGUGACACCAUGCAGAAGACCAUUAACUAUGCAGCUGACAAAGUACCAAGGGGCAAUGACAUUAUGCAGAGCAUGUUCCCAACUCUAUGGAAUAACAUAAAAAUGCAAAAGGCCCCUCAAAGCAUUGUCAAGGAAAUAACAAAUAAUGUUAACAAGCUCAUCCAGAAGCUGAAGGUUCAGGACAACCCAGAGGCUAUGAUCUACCUGAGGCUUUUGGGUGCUGAAAUGGGCUAUCUCAAAACUAAUGAUGUAGAAGACAUGGCCUACUCUGCUGCCUUGAUGACUAAAAGCCUCCUAAAUAUGUUCCCUACUGAUUUCCUAAGGAACCUAUACUCAAGUGUCAACAACAACCUUUUCCUUCACUACGUCUUCAUGGACAAUGAGUUUUAUCUACCAACUGGUACCGGCGUUCCUCUAAGAGUUGCCCUGUCUGGUACUUUUGCUCCUGGAGUGAAGGGAGGACUGAAACUUGCCCGUGACAUGAGCGAAGUGGCUUUCAUGCCAUCCGCUGGAGUUGAGUUUGUGACCGAGGUUGGAGCUCUCCUACCUGAAUAUGUUGAGUCUGGCCUGGAGAUGCAUACUAACAUCUACCAUGAGAGUGGUCUCAAUGUAAAAGUUGCAGUAACCAAUAGGCAGUUCAAGUUGACUAUUCCCACACCAAAAACUCCAACAAAACUCAUCAGUGUCUCAAACUCGUUGUAUUCAGUGACUGGUACUGAAACCAAGAGGAUUCCACCACUGACAGAGCAUGUGAAAGCAAAGAAGUGCACUCCUUUCAUUCCUGGUUUUCAGUACUGCGGUGUCAUGCAAUAUUCUAAUGCCUUUUCCAAUGAUGCCGCUCCCUACUUCCCUUUGACCGGUGAUAGCAAAUUUGCCAUUGAGAUCCACCCAACUGGUGAGGUUUCUUCAUACACAGCAACUGCUGAUUAUGCAUAUGAUGGCAAAGAUGACACAGUGACAUUUGGUCUGAAGGCAGAAGGAACAUCAUUUGAGAGCAUAGUCAAACUAACAUUCGACAGACAGAAUUAUGAAGUCUCGGCUGAUGUCCAAAUUCCUGACUAUGACCUGGAAGCUGGAAUUCGGGUUCAUGCUGUUGAUCGAAAAGCUCAGAGUGGUGCCACACAUUCCAUCCAGAUUGACUUGAUGAAGAAGAAUGUACCUGAAGCAUCUCUCAUUGGUCUUGCUAAGAUUGGGUCAAUGAAGGAUGCCAUGCUGCAGGUUCAGCUGCUCAUUCCAAAUUUUGAGACUGAUGCUAAAGUAACUGCAAUACUGACAAAUACUGAUGAACUUAAAGUGGAACUUGAGAGUGACCUUAGGCUUCCUGAGAUGACUUCCUCUAUUCAGAAAAUCAUUCUGAAAUAUGAUACUGAGGAAAUUGAGGCUGAGGUCUCUUCUGAUGUCACCACCGAGAUUCACAAUAUUAUUACUACUGAUGCCAUCAAAGCCACAUUCAAUGAUAUUCUUGACCAAGAAAUUGGCACAUCUGAUAAGAAGAUUCGUGAUGUCUUGACCCAAUUUGUUGAGGCCUCAAAUGCCUACCUGGAGCAAUUUUCUCCCAACAUUCCAUAUGUACAGGGAUUGAGGAUUCCUGCCCUCCCAGAAUUCACUUUCCCUCAGAAACUGUUCCUGAAUGCUGAGGGUGCUGCUAAAUACAAGUUUGGCCAGAAUUAUUACACCAUAUCCAUUCCUAUUCCUCUUGGUGGAAAAACUUCAAGAGAUUUCAACCUCCCUGCUUCUCUGGCAACACCAGUACUGAAUGUACCACAGCUUGACCUUCAGGUUAAAUCCAUUAAUAUUCCUCUUCCAGGGUUCUUUAUACCUGAGAGUCUGUCUGUGUCACUACCUCUUGUGGCAAAGGCAGAGGUGUCAAGCAAGCUGAGCAGCAACUUCUAUGACAUAGAAGCAAAAGCUUCUGCCGAGAGUGAACUUGUUGAUAAACCAACCUAUUCUGCCAUGAUUGAAGUCACAGGAACAAGUCCAGUGGAUCUACUCUCCUUCAAAAUGGAAGGAUCAACCGUCCUGGAAGGUAAACUUGGAGAAUCUUUGAAGACUGAGAUAAAAUCCUCCCUUAAUCACAAGCUCCUUGAAGCCAGUGUCAAUUAUUUUGAGGAAAUAACAACUGGUGAAAAAGUCACAAUGAAAUCAAGCAGCAAGAUGGAGGCGAACAGUCCUUUUGGUCUGAAGAUUUCUCUGGAACACACAGGCCAGGUUGGACUUGAUGAAGAUGAGAUCUCUGGAGAUGGAAAUCUGUUGGGCUCUAUCAAGGCUGGUCCUCUGAAUGGUGAAGUUGCUCUCAGACAGUCACUUAUCCUUCUCCCAUUCAAGCCAGAGCUGAAAAUUGACUCUUCUCUGAAAGUAGACUCAGAACAACUCCAAGCAGAGAACAUAAUUGAAGCAGCUUUUGCCAAUGGAGAGCUCUCUUUCACAUCUAAAUCAACAGCAUUCGAGGACAAUCUUAUGCAUGUUGCUGAACUUGCCUAUAAAGAAUCUCAGCUUGCUCUGAAGUCAGAUGCAAGGGCAAAGGCUUUCGGCCUGAACAUCCAAAAUGUAGCUGAGGCUAGUGCUAGUUUUAAUUUGGUUAACGUUAAGAUUGACACUAAUGUUGACACUGGGUUUGGAAAUCGUAUCCGUUCCCAGUUUAUAGCAGCACUGGACGCCAAUGGUCUGGAUGUAAAAAGUGAUGCCUCUGCAAAUCUGGCUGAACACACAGCUUCCCACAUGUGCAGCCUUUCCAUGACCAGAAACGGCCUAGUCACAAGUGGCUCAACCUUACUAGAGUGCCCUGUCAUGCCUUUGACACUCCAGAACAAAUUCAGUGGAGCCCUUGACACUUCAGAGCUUUCAUUGUCAUUUGAAACAAAGGGUAAAUUUGUCGAAUUGACAAUUGAAAACACAAAUUCUCUGUCUGCUUCCCUGUCGUCAGUAAAUUUAAUUUCCAAAGCUAAUAGCAAUGAUGGAACAUAUAAGCAUGACUUCUCCCUUCAGCUUCAGCCAUAUAGUACCUCACUGAAAAUUAGCAAUAAUCUGAAUGCUCUGAACAUCAAACUGAUUAAUGAGGCACAGUUUAAGGCACUUCCAUACGCAGCAGAUCUGACUGGGAGUUGGAAGCUUUCCUCUGCAACAGAUGAGCUUAAGAACACAUAUGAGAUCAAAUAUGAAGAUCUGGUUGCUACAGCCAAGUGCGGUCUCACUGGAAAACUCAUGGGAUCUCACAUGAGCCAAAACACAGAAAUCGAAGUUGCUGGACUUUCAGUUACAUUCGGCAGUGAAUCCAAUUUCAACUCACAGUAUCUCCGCUUCAAUAGUGACUUACAUGCCGCUGCUGUUCCCUUCAGAUUCAACGUUGAUGCAAUGGCCAACGCAGAUGGGGAUUUGUAUCUUUAUGGAAAACAAAGCGCACAAGUUUACUCUAAAUUCCUUAUGAAGGCAGAACCACUUGCUUUUGCACACUCACAUGAAUGCAGAGUCUCAACAACUCACAACCUGUACAAUACUCUGUUAAUCGAAACCAACCUUGAUAAUAAGAUUGAUACUGUGCUGACACCGUCUGAGCAAAAGGCCACAGUGAGAGUAAAAUCUAAGUUCAACAACCAUGAGUUUAACAAAGACGUGAGUGCUUACAAUACCCCUGAAAGACUUGGAGUUGAAAUGUCUGGAUCCAUCAUCACCAACAUCUUCAAUACAGUUGACUCUGACAAUCAAGACCACUUUUUCUCUGCCUUCCUAAAAUAUGAUAAAAACAGUAACAGCCGUGCCUUAAGCCUGCCAUUUAUUGAUGACAUUCCUUUUGACCUGCAACACAUGAAACUUGCAGUUUUGAGGAUUGUUGAGGCCAUGCAGAAUUAUAUCAACAGAGAAGAAAUCAUAGCAGAAAUUCAGAAACUGGUCACAGACGUUAGUGACUUUGUGAAUGAACUGAAUCUGGAAGAGAAAAUCAUUCAAUUCAGCAAGGACCUGACUGCACUGUAUGAGGUUUAUGGAAUUACUCUCGAUGACCUGGAGGCUUCUCUGAUGAAUCUAAAGCCUGUUUUGUUGAAGCUAGUCACUGAACUUGACACUUAUGUAGUAGAGAUAGAAAAAAUUGUGAGGGAAAUAAUUACAAGUGGCACACCAUCUGAUGCUGCAAUACAGAGGUUUACAGAAAUGCUGAAUUCCUUUAAUGAGAAAUAUGACGUCAAAGCCAUUGUUCUCACUGUUAUUGAGGCUAUUGAAAAUUUUCUCAGGGAGAUAGAUGUAAUGAAUAUUAAGGGCAGCAGGGAAGUCUUUAAGCAAUAUGUUGAUGAAUAUUUUGCUAUUACAUCCAAACUGAAGGAGAUUUUGAGUGAACUGAAGCAGUUUGUUGCAAACUUUGACCAAGAAAAGUUCACUGAGGAUGUGAAUAACUUUGUUACCUCUGCCAGAUUCAGAGACUAUGCAGACAAUCUGGUGGCUAAAAUCCCAACGGAGCAAAUUAGCAAGACUCUUGAAAAAGCAAAACAACUGCUUAAUGUACUGGGUAACAGAAUGAAUGCCAUCUAUACCAAUGUGAGAGAAAUUCUGGUGAAAUCUGGGGUUGACAAGAAGAUUGAAACUCUUCUGAAAAAGGUUGUUGAGCUUAUCAAGAAGUUCAAAAUUGAAGAAACUGUUAAGACUCUUGCUAACACUUUGAAAUCUAUUCUGACUCCUGUCACUGAGCUGGUGGAUAAGGCCAUUAACUACCUGAAAACAACAGAGGUAAAGGAAAUCAUUGAAGAUCUGAACAACUGCCUAAACCACUGCAUUAAAUAUAUUAGAUCAUUUGACUACAACGCAUUUGUGGAUGAAGCCAAUCAGAAAAUCAAGAAGUUAACAAAUGAUCUUUAUACCAUGAGUUUGUCACUUGAAAUCCGUCAAAAGCUUGAGGCCAUCAGAGAGUUUGUCAACUACGCUCUGUCAUCUCUGACCGCUUGCAUCGAAAAGCUGGAAAAAGUCAAGGUUGUGGAUGUUGUCAAAAAAUUCAGUGACAUUGUCGAUAGUGUAGUCUUCAUUGACACGGAGGCACUCACUGAGAACCUUAGGAAAAGACUUGCAGACAUUGAUAUCAGAGAAGAAAUCCAGAAGUUUCUGAAGCACGCAAGUAGCAUCUACACCAAGGUUGCGACCACUGCAGCAGAUGCAUGCAGUGCUGUUAUGCAAGUAAUCCAAAACACCCUUAAAGAUCAAGCAGUUGUCAACGAGCUGAAGCAAAUCUGUGACAGAGUGAAAACAGUACUGAUAACAGCUGAAUUUGAGAUCCCAUCUUUCACUUUUCCACUCACUGACCUUGUUGUGCCCUCCAUGAAAAUAAGCUUAAAGAAUCUUCAGGAAAUCAACCUCCCAUCUUCACUGAUUGACCUUCCAGCAUUUACUAUUCUGCAAUAUUAUACUGUGCCACCAAUCAGAAUAGAUUAUGCUGACAUCAAGCAGGGACUUUUAGAUCUACUGAACUUCAUCGCAAACUUUGAAAUAAUGCCAGCUAUUGAGUCCUUCUUUGGUGACCUUAGAAUUGUCUACCUUCCAGACAUCUCUGCCAUCACACUGCCAGAGAUCAGCUUACCAGAGAUCUCUCUCCCAGAAAUUCCUAAAUACAUCAGUAAGCACAAAUUCUCUGAUCUGAAGAUCCCAGAAUUCACCCUCCCUGGAGUUCCUACCGAGGUCAUGGUGCCAUGCUUUGGAAAGUUGUAUGGAGAGGUUAGAGUCACCAUUCCAAUUUUCAACAUGAGAACUACAAUAGAAUUCCUAAACUCCACUGAAAGUGCAGAAACCCCUCAAUUUGUAGGGCACAUUACCUCACAUGGAUCUUCAGAAUAUGACCUUCUUAAAUACACCCUGGACUCCACAGCUCGUGUUGCCAUGCCUAAGAUGAGUCGUGUGAUUCUUGCAGAAACCCUGAAGAUCACUCACAGUGUACUAGCCAUUGACCAUCAAUCCUCAGUCUCACUCUAUGGCCUCUCAGCCCAGGCUUCUUCCAAGAGCACCAUGAAGAUAACCUCUUCCACCUAUAAUGCUAACAUUGUUAACACGGCUUUCUUUGCCCUGGCAGGUGGAAUAUCUGCAAAUAUCAAAACAACAUAUAAUGACAAGUUAAACGCAGACAUUUGGAACAGUGAAAAUUAUUAUGGUAAUGAUAUAGUUCUUAAGCAGGAUGGUCUAAAACUCCUUCUGACCAUGGAAGAAGAGGCCAAGGGACAUAUAUCUGUGCUCGAAAAGUCUGAUGAUAUCACUGGCAAGAGUAGUUCAUCUAUAAUCAUUACUCCAACAACAUUCUCUCUGAUCAUUGAUGUGGAUACCAACAGUGCUGUUUCAAAGUUUAAAAAAAAUAUUAAAGCUGAGGGUGUUGCCCUGAGCUAUGUCGACUUCACUGCCAGUAUUGAAGGAACUAGUGAUUCUGAGUUCUUUUCACUGAAUGCAGCUGGAAAGGCGGAUCUCAGACAAAUGAAGGUAGAAAUGAAGGCGGACCUUGACACAAAGUAUGCUGGACUGCUCAGUGGUACCUUCACCAGUGCCUUUAACUUCUUAGUGCAACCUUUUGAGGUGGCCCUUGAUUUCAAGAACAAGGCUAAUACUAAGCUCAACCUUGUAGAGCCUCUGUCUGCUAAGAUUGAUAUUCAGAACAAUUAUACUGUCAUCCUUAAUAGCGACGAGCAAAUGUUGAGCACUGGGGUACUUGCCCGCUUUAACCAGUACAAGUACAGUCACAAUUUUACACUUGCCAACAACGAAGAGGAGGCUGGCAUUUAUGCUGCAGUAAAUGGCGAGGCUAAUUUGGAAUUCCUAACAAUCCCCUUCAGUAUUCCAGCAAUUGAAUUAGAAACACUAACUAUGGUUAUUGAAAUUCCAGAAAUCAGCAACAUCAAUCUAUAUGAACAGACUGGGCUUAAGCAUGUUUUGACUGACUUUGACCAGGCCAUUGAUGUAGAUGCAAAGAUAGUUUACCAGAAGAGCGACUUAACCUCUGAGUUUUCCUUUAAGUCCUCCAUAUUCAAUCUUAAUGCUAAUGCUGGAUUUUAUGGAAAGGAUAACCCUGUAAUUCGAUUUGGAGUCAUCACUGCCUCUGAGUUUGAGUCACUGAAGGCUAAGCUUGAAGGAACCAGCAGCCUGAGCACCAAAAGUGGAUUCAAAUUAGCCAAUUCUUUGCUUCUAGAAAAUCGCCACAUUGAAGGAACCCAUGAAAGCACCGCAACUAUGAACCCAAAUAACUUUGAAGUUACACUGUCUAUGGCCACAGAUGCAAAAAUGAAUCUACCAAUUCUUACAGCUAAUGCCAACCACCAACUUACUGCUGACAACAAGGCCAACCCAAAAGCAGACUCAACUUUUAAGAUGGAUUACAACUUUGACGUUCCCAUUAUUAAGCUUGUUGGAAAGGGAAAUGCUGAAACCAUCUUAAAAGGCGAAGGAACUCGUACGUUUAUCUCUGCUGAGACUCUCAUAAAGAGCAAUAUUGAUGGAACAUUCCUAGAUCGUGGUAUUUUGAAAGGAACUCUGAAAUAUGAUGAAUCCCUGUAUGUGAAUGGUAAUAGUUUGCGAUAUGCUCUUAAGACUGGUGGUGAUGGAGACCUGAACUAUGGUGAUUUCAAGGUGGCUUUUGAUGUGGAUGAAAACCUGUCUGUGGAGACAGCCAAUGAGCACGUCUAUGCUACAAUGAAGUUUACUUCCAAUAACGAAGCAAAUGUUGGAUGUUUCACCACAAAGGGAGUUCAUUCCAGCCAGGCUACUCUCGAUAUGGAUCUUCUGAAGUCACUGGUGGCUGAUGUGAAAAUAGACUUGAAUCAACCGAGCACCUUUGGUGACCUUAGCAUCUUUGAGACAAUGAAAGUAGAUCUCAGUGUUCCCAAGCAGAAAAUUGAUAUCCUUUCAACAAUCAAGUCUCCAGUAUACACCACAGAUGUUCGUGCUAAACUAGACGGUAAUGCCCCAGAUUACAAAACGGUUCUCAAGGCUUCAGCCACUUCACCAGUUGUGCUCCUGCAGUACGAUCUUGACAGCUCCAUGAGUACUACUAUGGAGAAUGGGGCCCUUGUUAUCGGAGCUAAUGCUGUACUUACACAUCAUGACUUUACUAUGGAUAUCAGCAAUGCUAUUCACAUGGGCGACCGGAGCCAUAUCCUGAAUGUGGACAUCACCAGCCAAACAUUUACAGAUGCAAACUUUCGAUAUGCUGCUCGAAGUGAUGGCAUAAGUGGCUCUGUUUCCACACUGGGGUCUGGCCUCCUUGGCUUCCAACUUCAAGGAAAUAUUCCAUCCCAGAUGAAUGCAAGGCUCUACUGUCGUUAUUCUUUUGCACCAGAUGAUGAUGUCGACAUCCUGAGCGUCAGAGCUGUACCAAAGGGAGAUGAAAAAGUACUGUUGGUCACUGGCAAUAUAAAGGCUGCAUAUUCCAUGUUUGAAGGCUUAAUGAAUACUCUAGCAAAAAUCUCAUUCAAACUUGCACGAUUAACAGAAAAAUCUGGCCUCGCUUUUCCAAUUUUUGUUGCUGACGAUGUUUACGUAGUAAUUUCAAAUGGACUCUAUGCUGCCCGCACAGCUACACCAGACCUUAGUGAGCUAUCACAACUUUUCAGAAAUGUAUUCGUCACAUCCCAAAAGACCAUCCAGGUUCUGAUUGACAAUGCCAUCGUACUACUAAAAGAGAUCUCACAAUAUAAACUGCCUGGAAUGGAUGAAGCUACACUGGCUGAAAUUUGCAAGAAAAUCCAAUUAGUUGUUGUAGAAAUGGUGGGGAAGCUUGGUAACAACUUGGAGGUAUAUUUGUCACACAUCAUGGAUAACUUUAAUACAAUUCAAUUGACAUUUCCCAAUGGAAAGGUCAUGACAGUAGCUGAGUUCCAACAAAAUGUGCAAAGUAUCCUGAGCAGCCACCUAGUUAUGAUAGCAGAUGCAAUGAAGCAAAUUGAAAGCCCUGAUGUAGUUCUUAAGAAACUAGGACAAACCUUACAAGAGGUUGUUGAAAAAGGACAAGAAUUUGUGGACAAAAUGAAUUUUAGUUUCUUAGAAGAUAUUGCCACGGCCAUUAACACAUUCUACCGGAAGCUGAUGGAGAUCAUAGAAGACAUUAGUGCAGCAUUUUUCUUUGGUUAUUCAAUUCCUGCAAGCAAACUAUUUAGUGAAAUUUCUCAGAACAUAGAGGAAGCGUGGAACGCAAAUAAUGGAAUACAUCGAUUUGAGCUUCCUCUUCCAUUUUUCUAGUAAUAUGGUCAUUCUGAACAGACAGUGAAUUAAGUAAACACUACCAUCUUUUAAAAUGAACAUUCUUGGACAUCGAAGCCAAUGGACACUUUACUGAAGUAUAGUACAACAUGUAUAUAAAACAAUUACUGACCCAAAACAUGUCUCAUUGUUAUGCUGCUCUAUUAUUCUAUUUGUAUAAAUGAGGAUUGAAAUACUAAGCUAGUUAUCAAAAAUGUCAACUGCAACCUAUUGUCAUCCUUGUUCUGUAUCCAACAUUAAUGGCAUGAUGGAUGAGGAGCAAUAAAGAACUUUUAUUAUGCAA